AUGCGCCGCGACACCCUCACCAUCCCAGGCCUCUCCCACGUCGUGAUCCACUUCCUGGCCGACAACCCCGGUAUCUGGGCUCUUCACUGCCACGUAGCUUGGCACAUGGAAGCAGGCAUGCUCCUCACCUUCCUCGAACGCCCCGACGACCUAAAGCACCUCGUCCACGACAUGAACCCAUCCACCAAACAACUCUCCAUAAGCUUUUGCUCCGAUUACAGGUAGACACACCAAGACGACAUGACAGAAAACACACAAAACUCGCGCGUGGAAAACUUGGUAUUCGAAAACUCUCUUCAUUCAUUUCCAAACCAUAACAACUAAUGUACAUAUGAGGGGGGAUUUCCCAAUUAUAUUGUGAUGGUAUCGUGUGUGGACCGUGUAUAUACAAAUACACACAAUGCGACCCUCUUUGUUUUGUGAUCCGAGAGGGAAAACCCCUUCCCUCAAUUUCCCGUCCCAUUUCCCGACCCCAUCUUAGUCGUCAGAAUUCGUAAGAUGAUUCCUGCCCCCAAGUGAAAAAAAUCAAAAGCAGGCCAAAGUUUUUAGAUGCUCAAAACGCCAUCCGCCGUCUGCAUGAAUAAACACACCGGAUAAGCCUCGCGAGCCUCCGAAAAACCGAGAUAUAUGAGUACAAGAAUACACUGGAGUAGCCUCUCCAACCUAAUCAGACAUGUGAAAGGAAAAUAUGUGGGGUAUAGUGAUUAAGAGACAGAAGACGCUUAGGCCUUGGGCUCAUCCUUCUUCUCGCCCUCGGUGCUGGAGGUGGACUCGCCAGCCUCGUUGCGGGCCUUGUGCAUCUUGUCAAAGAGGUUAAGGGAAGCCAUCUGGAGCUCAUCGGUCUUCUCCUUGAUCUCGGCGGCGGUGGCGGUGCUCUCACCAGACUGAGACUUGGUGACGAACUCACGGAGAGAGGUGAUCUUCUCACGAAUCUGGUCGGCCUCAGUCUUGUCGAGCUUGUCGGCAUACUCGUUGAGAGCCUUCUCGGUAUCAGUGAGGACGGAGUCGGCACGGUUGGCAGUCUCAAUGACGGCCUUGCGCUCCUUGUCCUGCUCAGCAUACUUCUCAGACUCCUCAACCAUCUGCUGAAUCUCAGAGUCGGAGAGACCAGAGCCGGAGGCAAUGGUGAUGGACUGGUCCUUGUUGGUGGACUUGUCCUUGGCGUGGACGUGGACGAUGGAAUCGGCGUCAAUGUCGAAGGUAACCUCGAUCUGGGGGACACCACGGUGGGCAGGGGGGAUGCCGACAAGCUGGAAGUUGCCGAGGAGCUUGUUGUCACGGACAAGCUCACGCUCACCCUGGUAGACCUUGAUCUCGACGGCAGUCUGGAAAUCAGCGGCAGUGGAGAAGACCUGAGACUUCUUGGUGGGGAUGGUGGUGUUGCGGUUGAUCAAACGGGUGAAGACACCGCCGAGGGUCUCGAUACCGAGGGAGAGGGGAGUGACAUCGAGAAGGAGGAGGUCCUUGACCUCACCGGAGAGAACAGCACCCUGGACGGCGGCACCAAUGGCGACAGCCUCAUCGGGGUUGACGGACUUGGCAGGGUCACGGCCGAAGAUGCUCUUGACGGACUCGGCAACCUUGGGCAUGCGGGUCAUACCACCGACGAGGAUAACCUCCUGGAUGUCCUUGGCCUGGAGGUUGGCAUCCUUAAGAGCCUUGCGGACGGGCUCAACGGUGCGCUUGAUAAGGGGAUCCAUCAUGGACUCGAGCUGAGCACGGGAAAGCUUGAUGUUGAUGUGCUUGGGACCGGAGGCAUCAGCAGUGAUGAAGGGAAGGUUGAUGUCGGUCUGGAGGGAAGAAGAAAGCUCGAUCUUGGCCUUCUCAGCGGCCUCGCGGAUUCUCUGGAUGGCCAUGCGGUCACCGGUGAGAUCAAUGUUGGAGUCCUUCUUGAACUGCUGAACGAUGUGGCGGACGAGAGAGAUAUCAAAAUCCUCACCACCAAGAUGGGUGUCACCGUUGGUGGACUUGACCUCGAAGACACCGUUCUGGAUCUCGAGAACGGAGAUAUCGAAAGUACCACCGCCAAGAUCGUAGACAGCGACAACGCGGUCAGCCUCCUUCUCAAGACCGUAGGCGAGAGCAGCGGCAGUGGGCUCAUUGACGACACGGAGAACGUU